UUUGAUUCUAUUAUUAAUUUCAGGAUGGUCACAUUUAACAUGGUGUGUGAUAAGAUGGGUGGUAGAUUGGUGGCAGUGGUCUGGUUUGUUUCAACUUUAAUGGUUAUAGAGAUUGCUUCUUCGCAAUGGAUUCAAGAUGAAACUGGCCUCGAAGAUUGUAAAUUCGAUAACACACACGACUGUGAACAUGAAGAUGAUGUUAGUGUCAUAUGCCAAUUACCAGGAUAUCUGGGGUGCUUCAACCACGCGCGAAAAAGCUACCUAUUUCCACCCUUCAAAGAACAAGGCAAUGAAGUGCACGCUUUACGCUGUAUCAAGCUCUGUUACGAGGAAGGGUAUGUCUUCGCUGGACUUCAAUACGGAUCUUAUUGCUACUGUGGAGGUAGUGAUACCAUGUAUGACUUACAAGGAAAGGUCGCUGAUUCAAAAUGCAGUUAUCCAUGUAAUGGAGACAGCAAUCAACUCUGUGGAGGGGAUCGACUCGUCGGAGUAUUUGAUGUGAGGAAAACAUUUUGUUCUGAUCCGAGGACACCGAAUUCUAGGGUGGAAGGUGGUGUCUCGUUUAUCUUCGCAUCAGUCGUUAAUAUCUCUUGUCAAGUUGGGUUUGGACAAGUCAGGCUGCAAUGCUCCCAGGAAGCUGGGGAAGUUAAAUGGAUUCCAGAUAUACCUAAAUGUCCAGACGUGACACAACCUGACGUUCGAUUGGUUAACGGCGACUACCCAAACAUGGGUAGGGUGGAGGUAAUGGCUAUCAACGGCGAAUGGGGAACAGUUUGUGACGAUUAUUGGCGACAGCCAGAUGCUAAUGUUGUGUGCAGACAACUUGGUUACAAAGAUUACAUCACAGCACACAGUGGAGCAUUCUUUGGUGAAGGAACCGGAGAAAUCUUACUUGAUAAUGUUGAAUGUACUGGAGAUGAGACUCGUCUGAACGAGUGUGCAUUUUUAACCGUAGAUAACUGUGGACACGAUGCAGACGCAGGCGUCACGUGCCAAUUACCGGGCUACCUUGGCUGUUUCGUGGAUAGCACCGAACUAAGGGUACUGCCGUUUAACAAAAUGAGUGGCCCAUCUGUCCACGCUUUACAGUGUAUUAUACACUGCUUUGGUAAAGGCUACUUCUUUUCUGGCGUCGAGCGAGGCAACGAGUGUUACUGCGGCCGUAUCGACACGGCGUAUGACCGGCUAGGGAGAGCACGUCGGUCAGAUUGCCGCAUGGCUUGCGGUGGUAACAGCAAUCUACAUUGUGGGGGUGACAACGCAAUCAGUGUAUUUGAUGUGACGAAAGCACAUUGUCCUGACCCGGGUGUACCGCGUGGUGGCGCUAGAACGGGUAAUUCCUUCGUCUUUGGGUCAACAGUGCAUUUUUCCUGUGAGGACGGAUUUCAACUGAGCGGUGAACCUUCUCUUCAUUGCCUUCUGGCUCAAGGACACACCAAUGAAAGUGGCGUGGUUGGCUGGACUUUGGAUGUACCUCAUUGCGUAGACACAGAUGCUACGUCAUCCCUCGACACAACGACGAGCCUCGGUGCCGCAAUUGGACCACUUUUUGCUGUCGGCAUCCUCCUGGUCAUCGUAAUAACAAUCUUCUUUGUAAUCAGGCGAAGGAAGCGGCGAAUAGCAAAUACUCAUCCGAAGCCGAGUAACAACCCUUCCCCCGAUGCUGUUCAAUAUGCAAAAUGUCAACGAGGAUACUCCUAAUGUGUACUGCAGUAUAGAAGAACCAACAGACAACAGCAGUUCCCAGUUCACGGUUCAACAACCAACUGUUGCCAUUGUCAGCAAGCAAAACAGCAACGAACAACACGGAGAUAUAAUGGUCGAUAACAUCAUCUAUGAGGGCUGUCUGGGUGAUGAUGACGUCGGUGUGAAUCUUCAAAGCAACGAGACUUCAAACUUCAAAGAACGGGAAUACAUUGGUGAACUGUACAGUCAGAUAAAACAAUAGUUCCCACUUGACGUCACCAAAGCCCUUUUCACACGAGAGUCACAGACCAACGUCCAGUGUUGAGGGCGCCAGUACAACUUUGGAGGAGGUCUAUGAUCCCGGUUGUUUAUUACGCGGGUCCGUGGUGAUUUCAUCGCACGGAUUCACUUCACUCGACACAAAUUCGAGAUUAUAUAACGGGACUGUGAUUUCACUCCAUGGUUUAGAAAACUAGCCCUCUUGUGGGUGCGUUCGAUUAGCUUCCCUGGGUCGACCCAGCGAUGCUCAGUCAGGUGCCCCCUGACAAGAGCUAAUCGAACGAUCACACUCGCCCUCUCGUGGUGACGGCAUGCACCUCAGGUGAUCACCAAGUGACCGGCAGCCCAGAGCACUUUGGUUAAAGGAACGAGGUAUACGAAUAUUGGUACCUCGUUCCUUUAACCAAAGUGCUCUGGGCUGCCGGUCUACAAGGCACUGGGGGCUGACCUGGGUGAGCCCCCGUCAAAGCUAUAUUAACGUACCGGGGCAGACCGGGAUCGACCC